CUUGGAAUUAAGCGAAUUAAAAGCGUCGGAGUGAUGAUGAUAAAAACAUGGCUGCGCCCACUGCAAAUGUAAAGGACGCAGAAGAAAAUUGGCAUUACGUUGAUAGAAUAAAACCAUCAAAGAAAUUCUUUAAAGCAUAUUUAAAUAAGUUUGAAAACUGCGACUUUUACCAGAUGGAAUACAAGACAUGCACAAGUUUUCAGGGCAAGCUCAACCAAUACUACCUGUAUGGAGACACACAGGACUGUGGACACUGGAAGCAUCUUCAUUCUAUGUGCAAGGACUAUCUGCUCACCAGUGACAUCAAACUAGAGGAGCGGCUUGUAGAGCACGAGUUUCAGCGUUCGCAUCAUCGCGUGCAGGAGGCACGUGCCAAUGACGUCUGGGAAUAUCGGACCGAGCCACCUGAUGACUGGUUCAAACCGGUUGAGCACGAAAAAACUCACGAGGAAAAGGACUGGUUAGAGAAGAUCAGUUUAUUGCCAGCAAUAACAGCGGCGAGAUCGGACUCAAUGGAAGAGUCAAAGCAAAGAACGCCAGGCGAAAUUGAUGACUUUGAGUAUCUAAAAUCUAUAGCAGGAAAGUCGUCAGUCAAAACGAAUGCUGAGAACAUGCAAAAUGUAAAUAAUACUUCUGGACAGACAAGUACGGCUAGUAGAUGUGUUAUAUCGUGAAAGUGUUUUUUCUACCAGAGAACUUUGCGUAGAGUUUGAAAGUGAUUGUUAACCAGGUUUUCCGAAGGAAAAAACUGGUUAUUAGAUUGGUGAAUGUCGGCGGAUGGGCUGGCGGGCGGGCGGAACAAGCUUGUCCGAGCCAUAACUUUGUUCAUUGUGAGAUUUUAAAAUCAUUUGGCACAUUGGUUCACCAUCAUAAGACGGUGUGUCGCGCGAAAGAUUUACGUAAAUAUCUCCAAGGUCAAGGUCACACUUUCAGUUCAAAGGUAAAAAAUGGCCAUAAAUGAGCUUGUCAGGGCCAUAACUAUGUCAUUCAUUGUGAGAUUUUAAAAUCAUUUGGCACAUUUGUUCAACAUCAUUGGACGGUGUGUCGCACGAAAGAAUUACAUCAAUAUCUUCAAGGUCAAGGUCGCCACGACUAAAAUAGAUUUAUUUUUAAACAAAGGGGUGAAUUACUAACAAUCAGUUCAGUUUGAGUUGUCUCCCUUUAUCAGACUUUUUUUCAAAUUGAAAACCUGGUUUUGUGACAAUUUUGUCCCUUGUUUUAUACAUUUUGUUUGAUGUUAUUUGUAUGUUUCCUGAAGUAAAAAUAUGAAAUGAUAUUGUAUUUAAAUGUAGACAUACUUAUUUAAUAAAUUUGUGGUAAAAAGA